GACUAAAGAGCGAUGACAUAGCGCCAUGACAUGUUAGCCUAAUAACAUUUUCGAUAUGGCUAGGGAUUAUUAAAUUAUUGUUACUCACGGUUUAUUAUAGGGUCAUCGAAAGGAGGGUUCAGUUGACAAACAAUCAUCAGAAUAUUUUAAGUGUGAUUGGAUCUGAUACCCACAAAUUGAAGUGAUUUGGAGAAGAUGAAAGCUUUGGGAUGGUGGUUAAUGUUGGUGGGUUCCCUCCGGCUGGCGUCCGUAUGGUUCGGUUUCGUCGACAUUUGGGCUCUCCGCCGUGCCGUCUUCUCCCAAACCACCAUGACUGAAAUACACGGGAGGACGUUCGGGGUGUGGACACUUCUUACUUGCACUAUGUGUUUCCUCUGUGCAUUUAAUCUCGACGACAAACCGCUUUAUCUUGCAACCUUUUUGUCCUUCAUAUAUGCGCUCGGUCACUUUGCAACAGAAUAUUUGAUCUACCACACGAUGGCCAUUCAUAAUCUUGCAACUGUUGGUUUCUUUGCAGGCACAUCGAUAGUAUGGAUGUUGGUACAAUGGAAUGAUCAUAAGCCCAAACUUCACUGAAGCAGGAAUAAAAUUGUACAAGAUAUAAUCGGUUUUCUGUUGGGCGAUAGUAUUCAUCUGUAACUUUACAGGUUAUUAAUCUAAAGCGGUUGGUGCUCGAUAUCACUUGUGCGUUGAUCUUUUUUUUUUAUGCAUUUGUACUAGAUAUGACUUGUUUUGUACCAGAAAUAACUCUUGUUGGGUUCUUUUCGGCUACAUAUUCUCGAGAAUAGAUUUGUGUAACUUUUGGUUAAGUUAAUUCCAUCAAAUAUUGAAUGGGCAACCUUUGUCAUCA